AUGGUGAAAGAACAGGUAAAGUUACAAUUGGAAGCACAGCGAGCAAGCUUCCUCGUGAGCCAACCGGGGGAAAAGGCGGACGAGGCGCAUCUGCUCCAGAGGAUGCCGAAGUCAUUGGACGGCUUCGUUUAUGAGUUCGAUACAUACCAUCUCAACAAGGAGGGUGUGCUUGAGCCGGAUAAUGGACGUGGCCACAGAGUUGCAAGAGGAGAUCAUGAUAUGAGUGGCAACGGAGGAUCACCCGUUACGGAUUCGCCACCCGUGGGAUGUGAGACUGCUGUGGCGGAGUUUGCCCCGGUGGAUGAUGAGGGGCAUGUGGAAGAGGGGAGAGAGUUGGGAGAGGGGGAUGGCCCCGUUGAUGAUGGGCAAGAGGAGGGGGAAGGUGCUGGAAGGGCAUCCGUGCCAGAUCGCCCGAGCGAUGGGGCAACUGCAUCUACUCCUGCAAUCCGGCCCCAACCUGAUGGCUUAUCAGCGGGCCGUGCAGGAGCACCUCUCCGAAGGGCUCUCGCUCGAUCAUGGCCUCUGUCGGCCAACGCUGCUGCAACUAGCCUCAAAGGGGCGGCGUCACGUCCCACCCACCGCAAGCAUGAAGUGAAUGUACGAGAUGAGUGGGCUCAAUGCAAAAGGCAACGCAAAAUCCCCUCGCG